GCGGGUAGUGCGCUUGCGCAGUCUGCGAAGAUGGCGGCGCUCAGAGCUCUGGGGAGGCUGCGGGCACCUUCAGGGGCUCUGCCCGGCCGCUGGCUGAGGGUGGCCCAGCCUGUCAGAGAAAAGCAAUGGCAGCCGGACACAGAGUUCAUGGAGCAGUACAGCGGGGCGGUCAUGUAUCCAAACGCCGUCACCGCCAAGUGGGUGCCCGCCCCCUGGCACGACAAAGACCCCCCUGCACACAGAGAUGUCUCCAACCUCACCAUCAACUUUGGCCCCCAGCACCCCGCCGCUCACGGGGUCCUCCGCCUGGUCAUGGAGCUGAGCGGGGAGUCGGUGAAGAAGUGUGACCCCCAUGUGGGACUCCUGCAUCGGGGCACAGAGAAGCUCAUCGAGUACAAGACCUACCUGCAGGCGUUGCCUUACUUUGACCGCUUGGACUACGUCUCCAUGAUGUGCAACGAGCAAUGCUACUCCCUGGCCGUAGAAAAACUCCUGAACAUCCGGCCCCCGCUGAGGGCGCAGUGGAUCAGAGUGCUGUUUGCAGAGAUAACCCGUGUGAUGAACCACAUCAUGGCGGUCGCCUGCCACGCCCUGGACAUCGGCGCCAUGACGCCUUUCUUCUGGCUGUUUGAAGAGCGAGAGAAGAUGUUUGAGUUCUAUGAGAGGGUAUCGGGGGCCCGCAUGCACGCAGCCUACAUCCGUCCAGGAGGAGUGCACCAGGACAUGCCGCUCGGCCUAAUGGACGACAUCUAUGAGUUCAUGAAAAACUUCUCUAUACGGCUGGAUGAGCUGGAAGAGAUGCUGACAAAUAACCGGAUCUGGAAGAACAGGACUGUGGGGAUCGGGGUGGUCUCCGCCGAGGACGCCUUGAACUACGGAUUCAGCGGGGUGAUGCUGCGGGGCUCAGGAAUCCAGUGGGACAUCCGGAAGUCUCAGCCGUACGAGGUGUACGACCAGGUGGAGUUCGAUGUUCCCAUCGGCUCUAAUGGAGACUGUUAUGACAGGUACCUGUGUCGUGUGGAGGAGAUGCGCCAGUCCCUGAGGAUUAUCCACCAGUCUCUAAAUAAGAUGCCAGAAGGCGAGAUCAAGGUGGACGACGCCAAGAUCUCUCCCCCCAAGAGGUCUGAGAUGAAGCGCUCCAUGGAGUCCCUGAUCCAUCACUUCAAACUGUACACAGAGGGCUACCAGGUGCCCCCGGGAGCCACGUACACCGCCAUCGAGGCCCCUAAGGGUGAGUUUGGCGUCUACCUUGUGUCUGAUGGAACAAGCCGCCCGUACCGCUGCAAGAUAAAGGCCCCCGGAUUCGCUCACCUGGCCGGCUUAGACAAGAUGUCACAGGGUCACAUGCUGGCAGACGUUGUGGCCAUCAUCGGAACUCAGGAUAUCGUCUUUGGAGAAGUGGACCGAUGAUGGGCUUACUCGGACAUCUGAUGAUGUGGGGGGCACUUCGUCUUGUGGGACGUGUCCGCUCCAUAAAGUCAUCUCUAAUUAUUUAAACUCUGUGCUUGUAAAACUCCAGUCUGAAAAUAAAGUCUCUGGUUUCUUAAAGGA